UCGCGAGAAGUUGAAAGUACGUCAAGGAAGGGAAUUCCGGCGGAACGCCGAAGCCGUGCGCUUUUGGUUCCCUGGUGCUUUAGAUGUUGGACGGUGGAGACCUCUUGUUUGGCAUCUCCUGGCGGGAUGAUGUUGGCCCGGCUGACAGCAAAACCAGAGAGGAAGCUUGCCAAACAGCUUUGCAAAGUGGUACUGGACCAUUUUGACACACAGUAUUCCAGAGAACUUGGAGAUGCCUGGAGCGCAGCAAGGGAUAUCUUAAUAUCUCCAUCAUGCUGGCAACAUGCUGUUCUUCUUAACCGAUUCAAUUACCCUUUUGAACUGGAAAAGGAUUUACAUUUCAAGGGCUAUCACACACUCUUUCAAGGAUCUUUACCCUAUUAUCCUAAAUCAAUGAAGUGUUAUCUUAGCAGAAUUCCCCACCGGAUACCUUCAGAAAGACACCAAAUUGGAAACCUAAAAAAAUACUAUCUCCUGAAUGCUGCCUCUCUUCUCCCAGUACUGGCUCUUGAAUUAAGGGACGGAGAGAAGGUUCUGGAUCUGUGUGCUGCUCCUGGAGGCAAAUCAAUCGCUCUGCUGCAGUGUGCUUGUCCAGGUUAUCUUCAUUGUAAUGAGUAUGAUAGUCUGAGGUUGAGGUGGCUGAGGCAGACGUUAGAAUCUUUCAUCCCGGAGCCUUUGGAAAAUGUAAUUAAAGUGUCUGAAUUGGAUGGCAGAGAAAUGGGAGAUGCCCAGCCUGAAAAGUUUGACAAGGUGUUAGUUGAUGCUCCAUGUUCAAAUGAUCGAAGUUGGUUGUUCUCUUCUGAUUCUCAGAAGGCAGCCUGUAGGAUAAGCCAAAGGAGAAAGUUGCCGGUUCUACAGAUAGAACUCUUAAGGUCUGCAAUUAAGGCGUUGCGUCCUGGAGGAUUACUUGUGUACUCUACAUGCACACUUUCCAAAGCAGAAAAUCAGGAUGUGAUCAGUGAAAUUUUAAAUUCCUGCAGUAAUAUCAUGCCUGUGAACAUAGAGGAAAUGGCAAGGACUUGCUCCCAAGACUUCGCAUUUGCUCCCACUGGCCAGGAGUGUGGACUUUUGGUGAUUCCAGAAAAGGGCAAAGUGUGGGGCCCAAUGUACGUAGCCAAACUGAAGAAAUCGUGGACUGUGUGAACUUGGUGAUGUGCACUUUGGAAACUGUGUCCGUGUACUAUUGUAUUUAUUUUUCUGGGCUUUCUACAUGUGAGCAUUUAAAUAAUUAUGGAGCCAGUUUCCCUGGAUCUGUUUUGGAAUCCAGGAUGCUAGUUUUGGAUGCUAGUUAAUACUCCAGCAUCUCAGAGUUUAGGCUUGAGAAUUUUCCAGGUGUAUAUUUUUCCUAGAAAUACAUCUACAGCAGUGAUUUAAGGUGGUGCAGAUGGUGUUUGUUCUGUAUAAUAAAAUUGCUGUCUUUUACUUGGCAUUUUGUAGUUAAAUUAAUCUACAAGGUUUUGUGCA